AUGCACACAGGGGAAAAACCAUUUAAAUGCAUGGAGUGUGGAAAGUGUUUCAGACUAGGUGGAACCUUUACACAGCAUCUACGAAUUCACACAGGGGAGAAAACUUUUAAAUGUACCGAAUGUGGAAAGACUUUUGCUAAUUCAGGAAGCCAUAUGAAACAUCAACAGAUUCACACAGGGGAAAAACCAUUUAAAUGCAUGGAGUGCGAAAGGAGCUUCAGUCAGAGUGCAAGCCUUACUAGACAUCUACAAACCCACACAGGGGAGAAACCAUUUAAAUGUAUGGAGUGUGGAAAGAGCUUCAGACACUGUUCACAUUUUACUAGACAUCUACAAACCCACACAGGGGAGAAACCAUUUGAAUGCAUGGAGUGUGGAAAGUCGUUCAGUCAGAAAGGACACCUUACUACACACCAGCGAACUCACACAGGGGAGAAACCCUUUAAAUGUACCCAUUGUGGAAAGAGAUUUGCUGAUACUGGAAGCCAUGCACAACACCAACUGAUUCACACAGGAGAAAAACAUUUUAAAUGUAUGGAGUGUGGAAAGAGCUUCAUUACAGGUGGAAAACUUAGAAGACAUCAACGAACUCACACAGGGGAGAAACCCUUUAAAUGCAUGGAGUGCGGAAAGUGUUUCAGCCAGACGACAAUCCUUCAUUCACACCAGUGA